UACGAACCGAACUGAACCAUGCCCAGCCCUAUUCAACCGGCGGCUCACUCUCCUGUGCAAAGAUAGCAAUCACAAAACAAACACCAACGAAAGAGAAGAAAGAGAAUGUCUUCCUCAAGCAAACACCGAGACAUGUUGAAGGUGGAGAUGAUCAACAAUGGCAUGCAAGAGUUCUUUGUUCAAUUUCAUAAACCUAAACAUAGACUCAUUGCAGGUCCAUAUCAAGAAGGUGUAUGGAAGAAAAGAGUGGAGCUACCUGAUAUUUAUCCUUACAAGUCUCCUUCUAUGGGGUUUGUUAUCAAAGUUUACAAUCCUAAUGUUGAUGAAAUGUGAGUUGUUCAUUAUUUUCUAAGGGACAAAAGAUCUUUAAGUAUGAAGUUCAGGGUUCAAACCCUGGAAACGAACAUGACUACUAUCUUAAUAACAUCUUGCUAUCAAAAAAAUGCUUCCUUGUUUAUUGUCGUUUUAAAUUUUAUAAACUUUUACAAGUUAGAUCUUUGAAAAUUCAGUUUAAAAUUACAAAAUCUUAUUAUUCAUUUUAUAUUGUCUAUACAAGGUUUUUAUAUGUCAAAAUAAUCUUUUAAGAUUUGACCCAAUACAUUUGGCUAAGUUUGAUUAUUGUAUGCCUAACCUAACCAGGUCAUACUUUAUUUUUAUUUUUUUAUGAGAAAAAGUUUAAGUGAGUUGAGCUUCGGGGGCUCACCAAGGUCAAGGCAGGCCUCAAGGCUCGUCGAGUGCUAACAAAGGUACUUGCAGAUCACCCUUCAAAGAGGUCCUCGCGCUGGCAAUGUGAGUUGAACGCACCACAUUGCAGGUUUGACUUGACCCAAUCGAUUUGGGCUUUAUCGGACCGGACUAAAAUGGGCCUGGCCUACUGAUGUUUUUAACUACCCUAGUAUUAGUGUUUGAUGUUUGCAGCAUUGAAUGAAAUUGAACAGCAGCACCAGUUUGUACCACCUCCACCACCAUCAAUUCUCAAUGAUUUUUCAGGAUUUGAUGUAAUUGUGCCUAUCUUUUCACACUUCCAUGAAACCCUUCAUUUCCUUGUUGUCACUGCCGUUUUUUGAUGUAUUAUUUACCAGUUAGAGGUCUUUGUAUACUUAUUACAUUACUCCUUCACCAGUAUAUGAUCAGCUUUCACUGUAAAUUUGUUGUUCUGCGUUUGUACCAUCAACAUAUAUAAAAGGGCAAUCUGUUUUUUUUUUUUUUUUGCCUCUAGUUUUGUGAUCAAAUUCAGCACAUAUUUAGAGAGUCAAAAGUUCAUGGCAAACGAGUCUUCCCUUGAUCACCUUGAUUUGGUUAACCACAAGAGUGAUGGUAAUUUAUUGGACGCUAAAAGCCAAAACAACAAAUGUGAGGGUGUCCAAAAUUUUAACGGUGAUGGUAAUGAGGAUGGCAAUGAAAAAUUCAGCACUGGUGUCGAGGACGAUCUAGCCACCUCUUCUGUGGAAACUUCUGAGAAUGAAUUUCAUUCUCGCAAACGUAAAAGGGAAUCAUUAUCAGGAAUGAUAAACUGGACGAAGAAUAUCGCAAUACAUCCGUUUGAUCCUGAGGAGUAUAAAGGUGGCCAGGACUUUUUAGAUCAGAUGCUGUGGGCAAGAGAUGUUCUGUCGGUCAGAAAGCAUGCAGAACCAGACAGUGGGUCAUCAUCGAAGAAGGUGAAGAAGAUGCAUCCUUCCAUGUAUGAGGAUCCAGUAGUGAAAUUGAGAUAUAGUCAAAGGCAGCCCGUCCCUUCAAAACCCCGCUGUUCUUGCUGCAUUUCACUUUCUGUUGCUGGAAAUAAACUGCACGGCUUCAUAACUGAAAAGAAAAAAUCAACUGCCAAAGCAGUUGUGAAUAAAAAGAAAAAAUCUAAGCCAUCUGUAGGUCAUCGUUUCCAAGCGGAACUCCCGCAAUGUACUGGUGUAGUUUAUGAGAGUGAUUCUAAAUGCUUAGGCACACAAGUAUGGCCUGUUAAUGAGGAUUCAAAACCUACUACAGAAACAGAUCUUGUUGGGAGAGAAAGGCGAGGAAUGUGUAGCUGCAAAGUUCAAGGUUCUGCUGACUGUGUAAGAUUUCAUAUUGGUGCAAACAGGACGGAACUGAAGCUUGAAUUGGGUUCUGCAUUUUACCAUAUGGGAUUUGACAAAAUGGGCGAGGAAGUUAAGUUUGGAUCAUUUGGUGAUGGUUUCGGGAGGAAAGCUAUCAAGCAUCCAUCUACGGAUUUCAUGGAGUGUUCAGAGAACACGCAAUGCUUUGAUUUUGAGUAGACAAAACAGUGUGGUAAGCCAUUUUGAGGAAAAACUCGUAGAUGCUGCUAUUUAUUUUGUUUGACAUGGUUCUGUUGUUAAAAUGGCAGUUUAUUGCGUAUAGACUUCUUUUAGAUUAUUAUGUUUUGUUACAUUUCUCCUGAUGAUAUUUUAAGACAAGUUUAUCAUUCAUUUGUUUGUGGCAAA